AUGGAGCCGACAAAUCGAGGAUUAGCGUCCGAUUAUGCAAAUGGAGAAUGUAAUAAUGUUAAUGAUUGGAGCUUUCUGUUAAUGUGUGAACUUCUUCCGUAUAGCAUGCCUUGCAGCACGUCUUCACUUAAAAUUCAUGUGAUAUCUAAGGUAGAAAAUAAAAGUCAAGAUUUCAACAAAUUAGCUGCCCUAUCCCUUCUUUCAAUGGUCAAAUAUGCUAUCCUCAGCACACAUGUCCUCGUCGAAAAUGUGGAGGUGUUUUCGGAAGUAUUGGUACGUCGCAGAAGGAGAGGUUCUCGUGAUACGGAUCAAUCAAAAAGCAGAAUAAUUUUCCAAACAGAAUUUAA